UGUUGGUAAUGCACCAAUUCCCCUAAUGUUUUUGCACGAUCAGUAAACCAAGGGAACUUUUUUCUGUGUGGAGUCCAUUUCCCAUGCCUCAAGAGUCCAGGUUUGCAUCUUUCUGCCCAGACUCCUUGUCAAUGUAGCAAAUGCUCCCUCCCAGCCAGAGGAGGCAGCUCCGUCCCUGAGCACAACAAAGUACAAGCGUUGCUGACUACGUGUGGCCCAGGACUGUUUGUUUUGCACAGGGAUUAGUCAGGCCCUUUGGGACCGCCUUCAGUUGCACCUUGGGCUGCCUAUAUUAGUCAUUCGCAGGCAGGAAGAAUUUUCUUUUACUGCUCUAGCUCCUCCGGCAAACUUCGCUGAAGCUCGGGUAGCUGAGACAUGAAUAAGCAAGAGUACGCCGUACUUGUGAAAAUGAUGCCGGAAUUCCAGAAAAGCACAGUUCACAUCAAGAACCCAGCCAAAGUGGAAGAGAUCCUCUGUGGCCUGAUUAAAGGAGGGGCUGCCAAACUCCAGAUAAUUACAGACUUUGAUAUGACAUUAAGCAGAUUUUCCUACAAUGGAAAAAGAUGCCCAACAUCUCAUAAUAUCAUUGACAAUUGUAAACUGGUUACAGAUGAAUGUCGAAAGAAGUUAUUACAACUAAGGGAAAAAUACUAUGCCAUUGAAAUCGAUCCAGUCCUAACAAUAGAAGAGAAAUACCCUUACAUGGUAGAAUGGUACACAAAGUCGCACACUUUGCUGGUGGAGCAGGCGCUACAGAAGAGCAAGCUGCAGGGAGUCGUGGAAGAAUCCGAUGUGAUGCUCAAGGAAGGCUAUGAACAUUUCUUUGACAAACUCAAAGAACAUAACAUCCCCGUGUUCAUAUUUUCUGCCGGUAUUGGAGAUGUCCUGGAAGAGGUGAUCUGCCAGGCCGGGGUCUAUCAUAACAACAUCAAAGUCGUGUCCAACUUUAUGGAUUUUGAUGACAAUGGGGUGAUUAAAGGAUUUAAGGGAGAGUUGAUUCAUGUGUUCAACAAGCAUGAUGGUGCCCUGAGAAACACACAGUACUUUAAGCAGCUGAAAGACAACAGUAACAUCAUCCUGCUAGGAGAUUCUCUGGGAGACUUGAGGAUGGCAGACGGUGUGGCCAACGUGGACAACAUUCUGAAAAUCGGUUAUCUCAAUGACCGUGUGGAUGAACUCUUAGAAAAAUACACGGACUCUUAUGAUAUCGUCCUAGUGAAAGAGGAAUCCCUGGCAUUGGUCAGCUCCAUCCUCCAGAAGAUCCUCUGAGCAAGUGGCAGGCAGGGAGCCUUCCUCCCUGAGGACGCUGGUGGCCUCGCUCCUCGCUGUCCUCCGGCCUGGGAGGCUCAGCUUCCCAUAGCUUGGCUGCCCUCUGAUCAUAUUCCAAAUAACAUAGCGACUCCAUCAAGGGGAUGCUUUGAAAUAAAAGUCUUUUCACCUUUCGCCACACUCCCAGCCACAGAUUGCAAGAACUCACAAAAAGACGCAAGCCCCGGGAAAGCCAGAUUGCAGAAACAACUGCCUCCUUGCCCUCCCUCUCCAGAAGUGGAUUGCAUUUUCAUUUUAUCAUGGAUGUUUUAAGGAA